AUGAUUUCGGGUGCUGCUCCUCCUGAAUUUGUGCGACCUAUUCGUGCUCUCAUCAACUUCAUGUAUCAAGCACAGAACCCCAUCCAUACAGAAUCAAGCAUCGAAGCAAUGCAAGUGUCACUUAACAAAUUCCACAAUUGCAAGGUGGCGAUCCUGGAAGCUGAAGCACGUCAGGGGAAAAGCAACAUCAAGGAGGAUUUCUACAUACCAAAACUCAAACUCCUUCUGAGCUUCGCAGAGGCCAUUAGGAACAACAGUGGACUUGUUCAGCUCACUGUGGAUGUUAGUGAACAGCUUCUAAUCACACAUUGCAAAAGCCCGUUCAUGAGAAUGAGCAAACAGAAAGAUUUCGGGGAGCAGAUCGUCCACAUCCUUGAUCCUCUCAUUAAUGCCGUUGUCGAUGAAGAUGAAGAAGUAUGCGCCACGGACCCAACAAUGGCAUGGGUUUCUCAUGUCACCCCCGACGCACAUCAUCAUUUCAGUGCCCCCAGGCCCAUACACAAUCAUUUUACCAAGGGCAUCCUCUCCAAUAGUGCCAAUGCAGCACUUACCGUCACUCGCUCUCCUGAUGGCUCAAAUCUCAGCUGGCCUGAUGUGAUGCACACCUAUGGACUCCCUGACCUUCAUCACAAGGUCACAGAAUACAUUUAG